UGUUGCUUUCGAAUUCUGUUUGUCAAGAGAUAGCAGCCCACUGAUCAAAAGGCGUAGAGUUUUAGAGGACCUAUCAACUCCGUAGCUGAAUAUUGGAACGUUAAGUCCUGGAGUAGUUUACAUCUGUUCUCCUCCAGAUAACUUCAUACUCAAAGAUAUUGCUUGCAUAGAGACCCUACAAACUUCUAAAGCUGAGAAGACAGAAAAUGAUGUCUUUGGACAAUUUUCACAGGACAGUCCGGAGCCCAGUUGUUCCAUAUGCUGGGACCUUAAUUGAUGGUCUUUCGCCUGGAGAUCUUGUAAUAAUACAUGGAUUUGUUCCUGAAGAUUCAGAGAGGUUCCAGGUAGACUUUCAGUGUGGCAACAGUACAAAACCUCGUGCGGAUGUAGCCUUUCAUUUCAACCCUCGUUUCAAAAGAUCCGGUUGCCUAGUUUGCAAUACUUUGCAGAAUGAAAGAUGGGGUACAGAAGAGAUCACGUAUGAGAUGCCUUUCGAAAAAACAAAACCUUUUGAGAUAGUUUUUAUGGUUCGCCAUGAUAAGUUCCAGGUGUCAGUUAACAAAAAGCAUGUGUUGCUGUAUAAACAUAGGAUUAAUCUGGAAAAAAUUGACACUCUUGCAGUAUCUGGAAAAGUGAAAGUUACAUUGGUUGGAUUUGUUUCCAACAAGGAAGAUGUACCUGAUACCUCACAGUUUGUAAUUCCUUAUUCAACGAAACUUAAUUAUUCUGUUGAGCCUGGACGAACAAUUAUUGUUAAAGGAGAAGUUAAAGAAAAAGCAAAUGGCUUUACAAUUAACCUUAAGCCGAGUGAGUCAAGUGAUAUUGCUCUUCAUUUGAAUCCCCGAAUAAAAGAUAAUGUUUUUGUGAGAAAUUCUUACCUGUUCAAUAGUUGGGGAGAAGAGGAAACAUCUAUUGCUCAUUUUCCUUUCAGCCCAGGAAUGUAUUUUGAGCUGAUAAUUUUCUGCAAAGAUCAUCAAUAUAAUGUUGCUAUCAAUGGCAUGCAUAUCCUAGAGUACAAACAUCGAUUUAAGCAGCUUGACAAGAUCCGUAUACUGGAAGUCUUCGGGGAUAUUCAACUCCUAGAUGUGAGAUGUUGGUAAUUGUGCAGUUCCUGUAUUUUAUUAAUUGCUUGCAGAGAAUCAUCUUGAUGUAACAAAAAAGAAGAUUGCAGAAAUUUCUCUGUAUGUGAUCGCUUAAAUUAACUGAAGUACUAUAUUUAAUAACUAACCAUAAAAUGAUCUAAAAAUUUAUAGUUUACUAACUACUGACAUCGUGCCUAGAUGUAAAUGACAUAUAUGAAGAACAUUGCCUGCUUUUAUAGUAUUCUAGUGUUCAUAGUGAAUGGCUUGAUUCUCAAGGUGUACACCCAUUAGAUUUUUAUAAAGCUCAUGAAAUUUAUGAUUAAUACUAUUAUCCUUGAAAUAUUCUGAUG